AAUUCAGAUCACCUUCAAAACUCAGUCACACACCCAGGGCCGUUUCAAGGCAUUUUGGGGGCCAAGACAAAAAGGAUCCCCCCCUCCUCUUCCUCCUCCCAUCACUGGGUUCCCCCGGAAGCUUCUGUGUAAUUCCUACCCUGUCCGGGAGUGUUAAUUAUACCGUUUUAUAAAAGCACCUCAAACAUUACUAACAUGUUCUAAUAUUGUCCGACGAAAAACAAAAUUGUCGGAAACGCCGUCUCAUCUGCUUCUUUUCUAAACUCACAAACAUCGGUCAGUAACAAAACCAUCUGGAAGCCACUAUUUGUGGAUUCUCUGAAAGUUUCCAUGGAGUCUGUGACAACUUUUUUUUCAUUUACCCCAUCGUCUAAUAUCCAUAGAGACUCAAUACUCCAGCCGUACUAAGGUCUGGAAGAGGAUAGCUUCCUAAAUGUGUCGUUUUCCACAUUGUAUGGAGUUUAUUGGAGUUUGACGACAGAAAAAAAGAGGAGGAUCUGUUUGAUCUCCAGCGGGAGCAACUCUCCCAGCCCCUGAGCAAAAAUCUAUUAUUAAACGGUGUUCGGCUGCACUGACAGACACAAGCUUUCUCAUUUGGACCUUCACCUUUGGUAACCCAAAACUCAGCAUUAGAAAGAGCUGACCGGGUGGUGUCGGAUGUCCCCGGGCCUCUAUGUCUGUUCUGCUCAAUCCAGCUCGGGUUUCACUCGGGAACACCUGUCAGUUUGAAAAGAGGGAAAACCAGCAGGAGGAGAACGGGAGCAGCUUUGGUUGGCUGAUUGGCUGCACCUGGCGGUAAGGCGUUUCCUGUUUCCUGUUUUCAGUGUUGCACUACGUGCAGCUGUUUGGUGUUUGGGGCUCGCUAAAACUGAUUUAAUUUCUCUGUACUUGGAUAUCUCUGAGUUAUUGUAGCACAUAAGCACACUAAAACACACAUUUUCUGUUGUUCCACCUAGCUCGUAGGGAACCAUUUGAGUUCGCACGCAGUUUAUUUGGUGUUGAACAGUUUGCUGUCCAGUUAGCUUAGCCUCAGCACGGCUAUGGGUACUUCUGUCUCUGCUUCUCCGUCUCCUAUCUCUUGCUCUCUGUGUCAGAUGUUUAGUUACUCCUCUGCCUCCUUUAGCGAUAAUGGUACCUGUAAUAAAUGUAGCAUUUUUGUAGCUUUGGAGGCGAGGGUGUCGGAAUUGGGGUCCCGGCUCCGCGCUGUUGAAAAACCCGUAAACAGCCGUAGCUACUUAGCUAGCACGGGGCUAACUAGCUCAGAACCACCCCGUAGCGGUCCUCCAGCAGAACCCGAGCAGCCGGGACCUCAGGCCGUCUGGGUGACGGUACACAGGAAGCAUAGAACCCAGCCCGUGGGCCACCACCAACUAGGGCUGUCACGGUAACCGCAAAAAUGAAAUAUCGCAAUAUGAAGAAACCCACCGCGCUGCAUCAUGGGCCACCGCGAUUACUGAACUUGAUUCAACUUAAUGAUGCAUGUUGAGAAGGAUGGCUGCACUGGUAUCAAAACGAAACGUUUCUUCGCUCCUUUGGGAGCACUUUGGUUUUCAGUACGUCAGCUGCUGCGCAGCCAGGGUCCUUGGCCGAGACAGAGCUGCCACCAGCGGCAAAUAAAUAAAUAAACAAAUAAACGCUCGGAGACCUGCUGAAGUCCCGGACAAGCACUGCUUCUGCAACCGUCCCGAAGAGAGUUUGAGCCAAGCUGGAGCUCACUCGCUACCUGCAGGAGGAAUGCAUCCACCCUAAAGAAAACCCCCUGACCUGGUGGAGCAACAACUGGGAGAGAUUCCCUUUGCUCGCCAGUCGCACACAAGUACGUGUGCGUUAGUGCAACGAGCGCACCAUCUGAGAGGGUUUUCAGUGUUGCUGGAAAUGUUGCCACCCCUCUCAGAUCCUCUCUCAAACCGUAUAUGGUUAACAUGCUGGUUUUCCUUGUGGGUAACAAGGACGUGACCGAGCAAAGCACCGUCAUUCGUGUGUGUGAAAGUGAAAGUGAAAUGAUAGUGCCCCGCGCCCGGUACAUGUAAUUUUUAUGCGUGAUUUUAAACAACUAAACAAAAUGGGGACUUGUUUCUUAUUUGUUAGAUGCUGCAGCCAAAUGUGCAUUUAAAAGUUUAAUCUUCUCCUGAAUUUUGUUGUUUUUAAGUUCAGUCGGACUCCGACUGUCGGAGAAACAAACGUUACUGCGAUCUGUGCUGUUACUGCCCUUUGAUCUGCAUUCAGUAAAGUGUUAUAAAAGAAGGCACGGCAAUUUUUUACCUUUUUUAAAUGUGUAAACAUUAUGUUUAGAUAGUACUGCAAUAAAAAGAAAAUGCUGCAAUAAUAUCGAACACCGCAAUAUUAAGCCACCCUGAAUCACCGCAGGGGGAAUUCCUCAAACGCGACAGCCCUAACACCAACCCGUCCACGUUUCUAAUAGAUUUUCCCGCUCAGUGACGCACCCGCUGACAAGCCGACUCUGAUCAUUGGCAGCUCCAUAGUCAGAAACGUGGCAUUAGAGACUCCAGCAACCAUAGUUAAAUGUUUACCUGGGGCCAGAGCGGGCGACAUUAAAUCAUAUCUGAAACUGCUGGCUAAGGAUAAGCGUAAAUACAGUAAGAUUGUUAUUCACGCUGGCGGUAACGACACCCUGUUACGCCAGUCGGAGGUCACUAAAAUUAAUGUUGCUUCGCUGUGUAAGUUUGCCAAAACAAUGUCGGACUCCGUAAUUUUCUCUGGCCCCCUGCCUGAUCGGACCAGUGACGACAUGUUUAGCCGCAUGCUGUCCUUCAACCGCUGGCUGUCUAGGUGGUGUCCUGAAAACAACGUGGGCCACAUUGGUAAUUGGAAAACUUUUUGGGGAAAACCUGGUCUGAUGCGGAGAGACGGCAUCCAUCCCUCUUUGGAUGGAGCAGCUCUUCUCUCUAGGAACAUGGCCAGUUUUAUUAGUCCUCCAUGACUACCCAGGGUCCAGACCAGGAAGCAGAGUCGUAGUUUAACCCACCCCUCUGCAGCUUCUGUACUGUUACCCACCCACUAGCCCAUAGAGACAGUGUCCUGCCCACGGCCAAAACCACACAGAUUAAAUAUCAGGGUUUACCUGGGUUUAUUGUAUGAAUAUGUUCAUUCAUACAAACACGUUUCAAUGUCAAAAUCUAAAUAGUAAUGAAAAAAAGAAAAACUCAACCGAGUGUAUUAUUUCAACUGCAGAACGUUUAGUUUGUUGAUUUUAAAAAAAAUAGAUAAUUUGCUGGUUUCUAGAGAUGCAUAAUAAAGUGUUUUUUUUUUCUCUAAGUGGGCGGAGCCAUCCAGACUUACUCAUAAAUAUCCAACAGCUUCUUUAAUGCCAUCAGAGUUUCAGGUAGACGUUUUGUUGUAAUGCACGGUGAGGGAACAGUCAUGGUUUGGAUUUCAGAAACCAGUUAUAGAACCAAGUUCUGAAAGAACUAUCUCAAAAAUCUGUUAAAACGCACCUAUAUUCACAGCAAACAGCAAAUACAAAAGGUUUUAGCUAAAAAGCAUUUAUUAAUCUGAAUAAAACAUGAUUCAGCAGACUUGUUCAGGAGCUUUAAAACAUUCCCGUUUGGUCCAAAGAGCUGCAAUGUAAAUGACUCUGCUCGAGUUAAGACAACAGCUGACAAAGAUGCCGACCUUUGACCUCCCAUCUGGUCCAGUUUGAACACCCAGCUUAUGACUCAGCUCUUAUCUUUCUCUAAUGAUGUCGUAUGUCUGCACUCUGACCUUUUUCGUCUUUAUUUUGAAGCAGAAACUCCUUCCUCAUCUGGUUCUGGUUUGGGUCUGAAUGUGUCGUGUUUGAUAACGGGCCGCAGUUGGACCAUCCUCGGCCAACUCUUUAUUUAGACCAGAAAACUGCGUGAAGCCUGCAUCAGCAGACGGAGGACCCACAGAAAAAGACCUUAUAGGACAGCGACCUGGUCGUUGCAGCUUAUUCUGGUGUUAGAGUGCUUAAGAGAAAUAAAAUACAUAUUUGUAUGAUGGAGUUAUAAAACAAUUGUAAAAUAAUUUAUUUAAAGAAAUUAAAGUCUGAUUAAAGCAACUUUCCAUGAGAUUUCAGUCCAUUAGAUCCAAUAUGAAUUCAUAAAAGGUAAAGAAAAUCCACGCUGCUGUCCAGUAUUUGUGAUCUAAAUAUUUAAUCAGCAGCCUGAGUCGCUUUCCAGCAACAGUGGUGUGGAUUUACACAGAUCUCGUAUCAGACUGGUGCAUUUCCCUGUUUGUUUCUACGAUUAAACCACAUAAAGCUUCUGCUUGCACGUCUGAAGCAAAUACCAAGUCUAAAUGUGCAGACGAGUGCAGACGUUAACAAGCUGGAAACGAGCGCUGCUGGUUUAAAAGGAAUAUAAAACUCCCUUGAGUUGCUGAGUUUGGGAUAAAAUGUUCCCGUCAGCUGGCCCAAAAAUCUGGAGCAAGUUCCAACAAAAUGAGAAGCUCAUAAACAGGAAAUGUGCUGAUAGAUCUGACACCGUCUAAAGUGGUAAAACAUCAGCUGUGGGCUUUUAUUUGAGGCUCCUGCCGGUCUUUGUGAUGUCUCCGGAUGGUUUUCUAGGGAUCCGUUACAUGUUGAGUCUUAAAUUUCUCUCCGUGACAAUUAAGAGCCUUGAACUAUUUAUCCGUUCAUGUUUUACAGCUCAUCUGUUAUCUGGUUGGGCUGCGUGAUCCAGAAGUGCUUUUCCCAGGAAAACCUUAUCCUAACUCAGAGGUUCUUUUGUUUUUCCAUCAAUAACUGGAGAACCUGAAGGAGCAGGACGUUCGGAGAAUGUUCCCAUCAUACACACACGGCUGGGAAAACCUGACAGGACUUAAAAGCUCAUGAAUCCUCCGACUGUGUCUCCUUUACCUUACCCAUCAGGCCUUGCUGAAGAUGGACUGCCAGGGUCUGGUUGCCAAGUUGGUGCUGGACUUUGUUCUGCUGACCACGGCGGUGGAGGUGGCGUCCAGGUGGAGGGAGCUGGCAGAAAAACUGGCCCGAGUGUCCAGGCAGCAGAUGGAGGCUUACGAGGCUCCGCAUCGAGACAAGAACGGAGUCCUGGACAACGAGUCCAUGUGGAAACCAGCCUAUGACUUCCUGCUGACGUGGGCCGCCCAUGUCGGAGACAGCUACAGGGACGUCAUCCAGGAGCUCCACCUCGGCCUGGACAAAAUGAGGAACCCCAUCACCAAGAGGUGGAAACACCUGACCGGUGCUCUCAUCCUCGUGAACUGUCUCGACACGCUCCGCAGCGCUGCGUUCUGUCCCACUGGUUACGGAGAUUUUGCCAUUUGAUGGUUUGGCUCCACCUGCAGAACGAUUCAAAUGACUGAUGUUAAACGAGAAACUCCAGACUUUGUAGAACUCAGCUUGUGACUUUUAUACAGACUCUCCGAUGUUUCCAUCUUUUCCUUCAUUUUUGUUCUCAUUUUGCUUUUCUCUACCUCUUUUAGUGUUAUUUUUUUCCCUUAUUUCUUUCCCUUUCCUUCAGUUUUUUUUCUACUUGUACUUUUCUUGCUGCUGUUUGCUGGCUUCCAGAUAUUUUCUCCCUCAGGACUCGAACACUGCAGUAAACACAACUGUUCACAUUAAACCGGCUGAAUCGAGCCUUACAUAACUUUAUCUGUUUGCAGUUUUAUAUAAAACAACUUUAGUCUUUACUUGUGUUUCACACAACUUUUGUAAAAGAAUGAAAAUAUAUUUGAAAGGACAUUUCUUUAAUGUAAUUUAAAAUACUGUUAUGAAUUCAAACACUAGCUACAUUUUUACUUUUACGAGUUCCCGGACAUCUCUGGGAGUUGACAGAUAUCUCGGUCCUCUCAGCAGUUGUGUCUCCGUACAAAUUCAGUCUUUUAAGGAACUUGCUAAGAUGCCAGCAUAUCUGUUUCGUCAGCGAGUGACAUCACUGAUCAGCUCCAAAAUGCGCCCACAGCCAUUGACUUAGCCAUAAGCAUGGUUAAUUAAAGAUGUGUUAUUCUCUCAGACCACGCCGUAUUUUCUGCCAUUCAGAUAAUUCACUGGAAGGCUGUAUGACAUAUAAAGCAGCGUUCAAUGACCAGAAGAAAAACUGUUUUUAUGGCUCUCAGUUGAAGCAAAGCAGCGUAGUGGAGUGAUUUCCACCUUAUUAUUUAGCAUUGGGAGCUUAGAAGUGGUAAUUUUGAUGAGGCAAUAAUGCUGCAACUCUUGUGGCAGUUGUUUGGUGAUGUCUGCUGAUGUAAUUUCCCACGGAGUUACAACCAGUCAGUGUGAGUUAGCCACAAGUCCCACCCAGUGACUCUAAAGGGCUAUUUGUGAGUACAUGUCCCAAGGCAGGUACUUGGCUGGCUCCUAAAAUGACCUGGGAAGUUGUUCUGGGCUGGCCUGGUGAAAUGGAGACACACACAUGCCGCAACGUUUCAGUUUAAUCACCUGUAGGUUCCAAUAGACAAAAACUGGGCUGCUGGUAUAAUUUACAGAGAUUAGAUGUUUAAGCUAAUCCUCCAUGUGUAAAGUCAUGGAAUUUAUUUUUAUUUUUGGAAAACAGAAGAAACCUGUAACUAAUAUAUUUCUAUUGAAGCACAGUCCAGACCAGGGACUGGGUGCUUUAAAGGCGUGGUUUACUUGUUUAUUCAAAACAUUUGCUGUGUUCUCUAGUGUAGAUCAAUGCCUUAUGAGUAAUAAAAAAAUCUAUGAUGCUCCUGUUCUGAGAUGCCGAAGCUUGCUGGUGCAGAGGUGGGCUGAAAACAGCAGGAUUGCUCAUUAUUAUUAAUGAUAUGCACACACCUCUCUUCUGAUUGGCCAACAGAACGCGUUCAUCCAUGUUGCAAAGUCACCAUCACCAAGACGCUCUCCACUCUCUCCUCCCUGCAAACAACAAAAUCACUCCUGUUGGCAGGCUUAAGCCAAGAAUCCAUGAAUGCAAAUUCGCAGUGUGACAUAGAUAUGUGAGAAUUUUCUAAUCCUGGAGUUUCACCAUCUGUUCUCUAUCAGAAGCUAAUGCAGGAGAUAGGUGUCUGAGACUCAUUUCAGACUGCAUGAAAAUCUCAGUGUGACCGAUUAUAAUCAGAAAUAAAUCUUAAAAAUGGUUUUUCAGUCAACCAAACCUUUAACAUUAUCCUUAAGCAGCUGAUAUGGAGAAAUAUUUAUGUGCACAGAAGGUGGUUUCGCCUCAUCGCGGGACUGGAUCAUCUAAACCAAACAGGGACUCUAGUUGGGGCUUUUCGUCUUUCAGCCACAGCCGUCUCACCUCUGAGAGUUUUUCUUUUUGGAUGCAAUCUUCCACUUUGCCACAAGAUAUCAGCACAUUCAGAACAUUCAACCUUUAAAAGACUGAAAACUGUAUUUUUGUUACACUUUUGUUUUUAAGAAGUGUUGAUCUCACCUCAGAUAAUCAUUCUGUUUGUUUAUUUACUGUUUUUCUGUCAUUUUGUUCAUAGUUGGGUUAUUUUGUGAUAGGAAACAGAUCCAAACAGAACAUUUGUGAGUAAUGUAUUUAUUUGUUCUGAGUGCCGACUGACAGAUUUUGAAGUGUCUCCCCUGCUGUGAUGGGGAGUGAAUCAGAGGUCUUUUCAGUAUUAUUGUUUAGAAAGUAUCAAUAAAAGAAAGGUUGAACUUUACUGUGAAUGUGUGUGAACACUUUGACUUGGAGACAGAAUUUGUCUUAUGUCUGCAGGUUGAUGACCAUUUGAUGGUUUUCUGUUUCGUUGUUCAGAAGUGAAUCCAGAUCAGGCUGGACUCCUCUUGGGCUGAUCAUUGUCUCUUAUUCUUUUUUUAGGCUUUUCAAAAACAGCUGCAUACAUAAAACAAGCAUUAUAACAGGUGGAUGUCCGUUUGAUACCAUAGUUGAAGUAACACUAAGCGAUUUCCAGCUUCUCCCUCCUCCUGGUUGAAAGUGGUUUUAUGCUGCAUUCCAGUUGUCCUUGGAACUCCGAAAAUCCGUGCAGGAAAUGACGUAACGGGCUUGUUUUGCAUUCCGGCUUCGGGAAAAAUGGACACCACCAGUGUGAGUACUAAAAGAACCAAAAGAACUUACCAAGUAUUCUCUGCACCUAAAUAAAAGUGACACACACGCCCAUCGACUAUAGGGAGCCUAAGUAACUUCAGCAUCAUGGGUCCCCGGAAGAACGAAAAAGGAAUGCAAGUCAACGGGGCUAAAAACGCUAUUUUCUAAUCCGCUUUGCUUUACGCCCUGGAUAACACACGUGUUGUACUGCAAUUUAAAGGAAAACUAUUGAUGGGUGUUUCGACCAUGCCAGUUACGUACUUAGAGAUUUAUCAGCUUGUAUAAGUUCGUAAUUAACAUGACUACAAACUAGAAAUCGACGCGUCGCAUAUAUGACGUCACCACAUAAUCUCGUCUCCCCUAGCAUAGCUGCUACUUACCAAAUGACCAGAUUUAUAGUGGUUCUUUUCUCCUGUGGGAAGUUUGCUUAACUUACAGCCCUUUUCCCUCAGUUUACUCCCUGUCUGGUUUGUUCGUGUUAAAAGGAAGUUUUCCAUUCCACUAUCGCUAAGUGCUUGCUUAGUAUGAGGACUGCUGUAAAGACUCUGACACUAGUCAGUGACUUGAUGCAAUUUGCGGGGUUCCUUAUAUAGGAAACUUUUUACUGAUUGGCUUAAUGAACUGAUCUGUAUUGGAAUGUUUACUAUGUGAAGGUCCUUUUGACUACUCGUGUCAUGCUUAUGUGCUAUUUAAAUAAACUUGAAUUGAAUUGAA